AUGCAUUAUAAUAAGAAUAAUCCAAAUUUUCUUCUGUCCAUAAUAUCUUCGUUCGGGAAUAUAACAAAAGGAAAGAGUUUCUUUAAAAAAUCGUUCAAAGAAAAGGAAAUAAAAUUAAGAAGCAACAAAUUUACAGCGCAUAUUUUUUUCAAAUCUGUUUUUAUUGCAUUAGUUUUAUCUUUGUAUUACCUUUUCCUACAAAACAUAAAAACAUUUACAGAAAAUAAAUAUUCGCAUUCACACUUAAAUAACAGACAUUCGAGGAUAUUAUAUCAAGAAAUUUCUCCAUUUUUAAAAGGAUCCCGAGCUCCUAAUGCUAUCGAAAAACAGAAGAAAAACCCAUUUCCAUAUAAACAUAAUGAUAAUAACAGUUCUUUUGGAAACUUGGAUAAACAGAAUGAAGACUUAAAGAAGAAAAUUUCAAAUGACAAUCAAUUGAAAACCAAGACAGGGAAGCAGGAAGAAUACAAUAAAAACGACAUCAUGUUCAGUUGUGCAAAUAUUGGUAAUUGCGAAGAUGUAACAGAAGAUGAAUUAAGCGAUAAAUUAAAUAACAUAAAGGGGGCUGUUAAUGGCAAAACGAUGAAUCUUGUAUGGAAAUAUGUAAAUUAUCAUGAGAACGUAAAUUCUGCUCGAAUGCGACAAGAAAUACAGAAUUAUUGUAAAUUGGUAGCUGAACAUUAUAACAUACCAGAAGAAUUUGAAUCGAAAAAAUGCAAAUAUGUAGAUGAUAAAAUAACGAAUAAACUACUAAGAAAAGAACGUUUUGAUUUUAAAAAUAUAGAGGAUUUUGCUAAGGAAGAUAUUUGUGCAAGGUGGGAAUUUCUGAGGUACAUCAAACUGAAGAGAAGGUCGUGGAAAGAAGUACGGGAAUCCUCAAAGGAAAAGUGGGAAAACUAUAUAAAUGACGUAUUCAAAAAUUAUAAAGCUAAAAAGUCAAUCUGUAAAUGUGGCGCUGAUAAAAAAGGGUUCUGCCUCUGCCGAUGGAAACCCAAACACUGA